UUUGUCAAUGGUACUUCUCUAUCUCUGUCAAUUACCGGAAUAUUAGUCAGAAAAUUUGACUUAUUUGGAAUUUAGUAUCAAAAAGGUUUGUUCUUGUUUUACUAGAAGUUAUGAUGCAAUAGUCAACGACCGCCCUAUGGAGCAUUUACUUAAAGGAAAAUUCGGUCGCCUUGUGAUUAGCUCUUAUUCAAAUCAACCCAUAAGGUAUGGCACCCAGAAACGGAUGUACAUUUCCAGUAUUUGGGGUGGGCGAGCCACUGAAAGAACAAAGCCUCUUUUUUAUCAACAUUACAAAUUCCAAAAACGAGAAUACGGAAUGUUUGUUGUUAGGGCAUUGAGAGGAGUUCUGAAAAUUAGGUACUUGCUUUUAGGAGGUGCUGUAGCUGGUGGAGGAGCCUUGAAUAAGAAAUACAAUGAUUGGAAGGAAGGCAUGCCAAACCUUAAAUGGCUUGAUGAUGUUCUUCCUGAUAACGAUAAGUGGAACCAAUGGAGAGGAAACUUGAUAGAGUUAAGAGAUAAUGUGAAAAAUAACAUCGAUAUCGACCCAAGAAUAGCUGCUUUGUCAGAAGCUAAAUAUGCCCAACUUAAAAGUUGGUUUGACCAAAGACUCGAUGAUGCGGUUGCAGCUGCCGAAAAAGUAGAACAACAGAGUGCAAAUAGUUCUUCUAAAGGUGCAAGUUCCUUGCCAUCACUUGAUGAGCUUCCUGAUUUCAUUGACCGAAUGUACUCAGAGAUAAAGAACGAAAUACAAGAUAAACAUACUGCCUUCGCAAGGCCUUUUGCCAAAAAAGAUGGCGAAGAAGAUAGAGUUAAAAAGGAGGCACAACAAAGGUUAAAUGAAAUCCAAGAAGAAAUGAUGCAAACCCAAAUUAAAUAUCAACGGGAACUAGAAAAAUUAGAACGAGAGAACAAAGAAUUAAGGAAGCAAAACCUAUUACUGAAACAGGGUCGAAAACCAAAUCUAAAAAAAAUCAAACGAAGUUUGAUUGACAUGUAUAGCGAAGUGUUAGAUGAAUUAGCUGAUUACGAUAUUGGCUACAACACCCAAGAUCAGUUGCCUAGAGUUGUCGUUGUCGGAGAUCAAAGCAGUGGAAAAACAUCAGUUUUAGAAAUGAUCGCUCAGGCCAGAAUUUUUCCAAGAGGAGCUGGGGAAAUGAUGACAAGAGCUCCGGUUAAAGUGACUCUUUCUGAGGGGCCGUAUCACGUGGCACAGUUUAGGGACUCCUCAAGGGAAUUUGAUUUGACCAAAGAGAGUGACUUGGCUGAUCUUAGGAGAGAGGUCGAGUUAAGAAUGAGAAAUAGUGUGAAAGGGGGCAAAACUGUGUCCAGUGAAGUAAUUUCCAUGACUGUGAAAGGUCCAGGACUGCAAAGGAUGGUGCUUGUCGAUUUGCCAGGUAUCAUUUCCACUCAAACAACAGACAUGGCUGCAGAUACAAGGGAAAGCAUUAGGCAGAUGACCCAAGCGUACAUGAACAAUCCCAAUGCCAUAAUUUUAUGUAUUCAGGAUGGUUCUGUGGAUGCAGAAAGAAGCAAUGUAACUGAUCUUGUUGCUAACUGUGAUCCUAGUGGCAAACGAACAAUUUUUGUUUUGACAAAAGUUGACAUGGCAGAGGAAAAUCUAGCUGAUCCAUCUAGGAUUAGAAAAAUUCUAUCAGGAAAACUAUUUCCCAUGAAAGCUCUGGGUUAUUUCGCUGUGGUCACUGGUAGGGGACGGAAAGAUGAUGCUAUUCAGACCAUUAAAGAUUAUGAAGAAAAUUUCUUCAGAAAUUCAAAGCUACUCAAAGACAGCCAAAUUAGGUCAACUCAAGUAACUACUCGAAACUUAAGUUUGGCAGUAGCGGAUUGCUUUUGGAAAAUGGUCAGAGAAACUGUUGAACAACAAGCAGAUUCUUUUAAGGCUCGAAGAUUCAACCUGGAAACGGAAUGGAAGAAUAAUUUUCCCAGGCUUCGAGAACAAGAUCGCGACGAGCUGUUUGAAAGGGCGAGAGGUGAAAUUUUGGAUGAGGUUGUUAACUUAUCACAAGUUAGCCCUAGAGAAUGGGAGGAGCGCCUACUUGUAAAUAUGUGGGGAAAGGUAUCAGGAAAUGUGUUUGAAAACAUUUAUUUGCCCGCAGCACAAACUGGAGCAUCAGAAACGUUCAAUACUGCAGUUGAUAUUAAACUGCGGCAAUGGGCUGAAUCGACUUUACCCGCUCAGUCUGUGGAAUGUGGAUGGGAAAGUUUGAAAUCAGAGUUUCAAAAAUUUAUGCAGCGAGCCUCACAAGCUCCUGAACAUGAUGACAUAUUUGAUCAGUUAAAAAGGGCUGUGGUGAAUGAAGCUAUGAAUCGGCACAAAUGGGAAGAUAAAGCUUCAGAUAUGCUGAGAGUCAUCCAACUGAAUACGUUAGAAGAUAGAACUAUUGCUGAUAAGAGGGACUGGGAUCAAGCAGUGAAAUUUUUGGAGGCUAGUGUGAAAGCAAAAAUGAAGGAGAGCGAAGAAACUUUAAAAGCUUUAUUGGGCCCAUCUGUUAAAGAAAGGUGGCUGUACUGGAAGUAUCAAAGUGAAGUACAAUCCAAAAGGCAACAAGUUAAGAACGAAUUGGACAGGAUUUUAUAUUCUAACGAUAAACAUCCUCCAAUUUUAUCUUAUGAUGAAUUAACUACAGUCAGAAAUAACCUUCAAAGAAAUGCGAUUGAAGUAGACAACGAAUUCGUAAGGGAAAUAUGGAAUGCUGUGUAUAGAAGGCACUUUUUGAAUAAAGCGCUAGGCAGAGCAUACGAUUGUAAAAAGGCAUUCUAUCUCUAUCACCAGCAGAUGGAUGUUGACUGUGCAGAUGUUGUCCUCUUCCACAGAGUUCAACAAAUGAUGAAAGUAACCUCUAAUGCACUUAGGCAACAGAUUACUAAUAGAGAAGCUAGAAGGUUAGACAAAGAAAUUAAAGAAGUCUUAGAUGACUACAGUCAAGACCAAGGCAAAAAAGUUCAAUUGCUAACGGGAAGAAGAGUUACUUUAGCAGAAGAACUAAAACGGGUACGACAGAUCCAAGAAAAACUAGAAGAAUUUAUUCAAGCCCUCAAUAAAGAAAAAUAAGUCUGUGUUGUCCAGUACAAAUAUUAUUCUAUUUUAUUUCCUAAGUUCUAACACUGUUGAGAUAAAGUCAAAUUUCCAUUUUGUUUUAUUUGCAUGUUUAAUAUGUUUUUUGUCGUAUAUUGAACAACGGAAGUAAAUAAUCUUAUUAACUAUUGUUUCCCUUGUGAUGUGCGACUAUUGUUAAUUGAUUUUUACAGUUGGAAAUAAAAAGUUAUGUAUAUUUGA